UUACGGCACCAUAUCUUAAUUGUUCACUGCUACUGGUUGUUAUCACUAGGUGGAAAGGUGACCAUAAGAUCAAGAUGUUGACGUUUAGCCUUUUUGUUAUCUGGAUGUGUUUUUUGUAUUCUGUUUAUGGAGCAGUAACUAUAUCCCCAAAGACUGAGUUUCCAAUGAAUGGGGAAAGUUUUACAUUUACAUGUGAAAAUCACAUCUCGGGAAAUAACAUCAACUGGGCUGCCGAUGUAAACAUAGAUGUACCUUCUCUCACUGUAUCUGAACCAGCAGAAAAAACAGAUGGCCAGGUUUCCAUAGAAACUGAUUGUUUGACACCAGUGUCUGCCGUAUCAUCACAACGUUGUACAUACUACUUAAAGGAAGGUGUCGAAUAUGAAACCUGUGAAAGUGAAACACAAACAAGUUCACCAACUGGUUGUACCGAUACAUGCAAUGGGGAGACUUGGGCAAAAGUCACUGUUCAAUAUCAGUAUACUCAAGCAACACACAACCCAGUAGAAGGCAAUUUGCGAGUUCGAAUCAAACACACUGGAGACUCAAACAACCCAAGGGAAAUUGUAUGGAAUUCAACUAACAUUCAAUGGGUUGAAGGUGUCGAAGGUUAUACGUGAUGUUCAUCUGCAAGACAGUAUAAGAAAAUGUUUGUUGAUAUUUUAAAAUUUUACAUCAGCUCAUGUAAGAGUGCGAUGAUGGCCUCGCUCCACCCUUAUUCAAGAUAGCUUCCAAGAUGACCUCCAGUAAAUUCAAAUGUACAACUUUCGUGCAAAUAUGUGCAUGGAUAUUCCAUUGUCUGAAAUCAUCCCAUUUUAAUUUAUCUGUUUUCAAGCUGGCAUCGUCGAACAAACAAAAGUUAUGCCCCGUUUUUGACAAAUAUAAAUGCAAAAAACGUUCACACAAGCUAAAGAUAUCCAAAUAAACCUUUUUACACAUGCGAUAAUAAACAUAGCAAGGCCUCUAAUGAAGACUACCAUAAUUUUCCAGUUAUGCUCCAUCUUUGACAAAUAAACUCCAAAUUGUUUUUGAGAGUUCUACAAUGAAAAAAAAGUAAGUAUAUAUUGAGAAACAUAUAGAAAUCAUCAAUAUUUAAAUGGCAUGCAAGAUGGAAUAUAUGGAAAUGGUUAUUUCUUUCUAAAUUUUACUAUUUGUUAUGGUUGCUUUUCAUAAAGCAUCUUAAUUUAUCGUUUUGAUGAAAUAAAUAUACUAUCAAGCAAUUAAAAUCAA